AGAAAUGGGAGGAUGGCAACCUGGGCUAGGCUAUGGAAAGCCUCUGUCCCAACUCUGUUCCAAAUGAUCUUGGUUGCUGUUCUGAUGUCUCCUGUUGCUGGUGAUUGUGGUCCUCCACCCACUUUACUGUUUGCUUCUCCAAUCAACAUCUUGUAUGAGACAACCUUCAAACCUGGAACUAUUCUGAAAUACACUUGCCAUCAUGGCUACAGGAAGGUCAAUUCAAGUCACCUUACUUGUGAUAUUAAUGAUGAAUGGACCUACAAUGUGUUUUGUACCAAGAAACAAUGCAAACAUCCAGGAGAGUUAACAAAUGGGAAAAUAGAAAUACUGACUGAUCUUAUUGUUGGUUCGGCUGUAGAAUUCACCUGUGCAAAGGGAUAUCUCCUAAUUGGCCCAACAACAAGUAAGUGUGAGGUACAAGGUAAAGGAGUUGGCUGGAGUGAUCCUCUCCCAGAAUGUGUAAUAAUCAAGUGUGAGUCCCCUCCGGUCAUCAGCAACGGGAAACACCGUGGCGGAGAUGAAGACCUAUACACGUAUGGCUCUUCAGUCACCUACAGCUGUGAUCCUCCCUUCACGCUCGUAGGCAACGCCACCAUUUCCUGCAUGGUGGUGAAUAAAACAAUAGGUGUCUGGAGUUCGAGCCCUCCUGCCUGCAAAAAAACUGUCUGUCUUCAGCCACAGAUUCCAAAGGGAAUCAUUGUCUCUGGAUUUAGACCCUUCUACACUUACAAAGACUCCAUUGAGAUUAGCUGCAAGAAAGGUUAUAUCCUCAGAGGCAGCAGUUUAAUCCACUGCGAAAUGAAUAAAGAAUGGUUUCCUUCUGUUCCCACCUGCCAACUCAACGGUUGUAGUGAAUUGCCUGAGAUUCCCUAUGCUUACUGGGAGAAAAGCAUCUUUCUGCAGAGAAAUCUGGAAACCUUUGAAGUUGGGACAGAGUUGAAAUAUCAUUGCAAGCCUGGCUAUAGAGCGAUUUCAACUGAGCCUCAGUCGGUCACCUGUCAGGAAAAUUUUACAUGGAGACAUUCGAAGGGGUGUGAGAAGGUGUGCUGCCCAACACCAAAUCUGGAGAAAAUCAGAAUCAUAAGUGAAAGGAGAGAUUUCACUGGUAUAUGUGCCUAUGCUUAUGAAGACUAUGUUUUCUACAUGUGUGAUGAAGGCUAUUACCCUCUUUCUAUUGAUGGAAGGAGUUCAUGCCAUGCAGAUGGCAAGUGGGUCCCUAAAAUACCCUCAUGUGUAUCAGCUGUGUGUGGAAAACCAGAGAUAAAAAAUGGAAAGCUGUCUGUGGAGAAGAAUCAGUAUUUUGAAAUGGAAAAUGUCACCAUCCAUUGCAACCCUGGCUAUGUUACAGUUGGUCCUCAAACUAUCACUUGCACAGAGAACAAAAACUGGCACCCAGAGGUACCCAGGUGUGAGAGGGAGAUUCUUGAAGGAUGUGAACAAGUGAUUGCAGGCCAAAAACUCAUGCAGUGUCUUUCAAGCCCAAAGGAUGUGAAAAGGGCCCUGGAGUUGUAUAAAAUGUCUCUGGAGAUCGAACAGUUAGAAAAAGAGAAAGAGAAAGAUAAACAGGUAAAAAUCCGCCAGAAAUUCCCUAAGCAUGAUGAAAAGGAUUCAUUUUUGCCUUUAAAUUAA